GCCCCUGAGCCCGGAGCGGCCCCGGAACGGCCCCGGAGCGGCCCCGGAGCGGCCCGGGCCCGGCGGCCGCGAUCUGCCCUGUCUGACUCCGGCGUGGGGCCCUCGAGGAACCUUCUGGGCUGUGGAAGAGUGAGGGGAAAGAUGGGCCAUUGGGGGAGUGUCCCUGCACAGAGUGAAGCCAGCCCAGCCCUGUGCCGCUCCAGGAGGAAUUCUGCCACGGGAGGGUUCUGGCACCGGUGACGAGCGAUGGGGUAUGAUGUAACUCGUUUCCAGGGGGACGUUGAUGAGGACCUUAUAUGCCCCAUCUGCAGUGGGGUCCUGGAGGAGCCGGUUCAGGCUCCCCACUGCGAGCACGCCUUCUGCAAUGCCUGCAUCACGCAGUGGUUCUCGCAGCAGCAGACGUGCCCCGUGGACCGCAGCGUGGUGACGGUCGCCCACCUGCGCCCGGUGCCGCGGAUCAUGCGGAACAUGCUGUCCAAGCUGCAGAUCACCUGUGACAACGCUGUCUUCGGCUGCACGGCCGUCGUGCGCCUCGACAACCUCAUGUCUCACCUCAACGACUGCGAGCACAACCCCAAGCGCCCGGUGACGUGCGAGCAGGGAUGCGGCUUGGAAAUGCCCAAAGAUGAGCUGCCAAACCACAACUGCAUCAAGCACCUGCGGUCGGUGGUGCAGCAGCAGCAGACACGGAUCGCCGAGCUGGAGAAGACCUCGGCGGAGCACAAGCACCAGCUGGCUGAGCAGAAGCGGGAUAUCCAGCUGCUCAAGGCCUACAUGCGGGCGAUCCGCAGCGUCAACCCCAACCUGCAGAACCUGGAGGAGACCAUCGAGUACAACGAGAUCCUGGAGUGGGUGAACUCCCUGCAGCCGGCGCGGGUGACGCGGUGGGGCGGGAUGAUCUCCACGCCGGACGCGGUGCUCCAGGCCGUCAUCAAGCGCUCGCUGGUGGAGAGCGGCUGCCCCGCGUCCAUCAUCAACGAGCUCAUCGAGAACGCCCACGAGCGGAACUGGCCGCAGGGCCUGGCCACGCUGGAGACGCGCCAGAUGAACCGGCGCUACUACGAGAACUAUGUGGCCAAGCGCAUCCCCGGGAAGCAGGCGGUGGUGGUGAUGGCCUGCGAGAACCAGCACAUGGGCGAGGACAUGGUGCUCGAGCCGGGACUCGUCAUGAUCUUUGCACACGGAGUGGAGGAGAUCUGAGGGAUUCUGGGGACAGGCGCUUCGAGGGAGAGGAGGGGGAAGGUGCAGAGAGGGGGAGGCCCAGGGAGGCCGCUCAGAACUGCUGGUGUUCCCUGGUCACCGACAUGGACUUUAGGGAACUGUCCCCUCUGACCUCUGGGUUCCUCAGUGACACGACUGAACCCCUCUGGUAAACCCUGCGCAGAGCUCAGCCGGCGCUGCAGCCCCUCCACGUCCCCCCUUUGCUUCCCCGUUCCGUGUCUUUCUUGGACAGAAGGAGCGACGGCUCCACACGCACUGCCAGACCCCUUGGUGGGUCCCCCAAAAUCCCGGCUCGCGAUCCAGCCCAGACCCCCAGGACCAGCCCUGCUGCCUGGCAGCUCUCACUCAUUCCACAGCCAAUUUCCUCACGGGAUUUCUCACUCCCUCUGGGUUUUCCACCUCACUCUCUGGUGUCUCUCCAAGCUUUUAUCUGACCCCGCAGCAGCGGGAGCUGCUCCCCUCCUGCAGGGGGAAGGGGCUUGUCUUGGUGUCCCCAAAGUGGGCACUGCCAGUGUCACUGACCCCGGAGCCAAACAGCUGCAGCCGAGCCCCUGGAGUGGGGGGUCCUUGGCCUUGGGGACCCUUCUUCCCCCUCUUGCUCUGUGCAUGCCCCAGCCCCUCUCCUCGGGAGCAGCCAUCUCCCCUCGGGCAUCUCCCACCUCCCCCUGGUCCUGCCCCGUGUUUGGCUCUGCUUUCUCCACUCUUGGUGUUACUUUUCCUGACACUUGUGAUUGUGGUUCUGUAUUUUUUGUACUUUUUUUUGGCCUUUUUUUCGUUUUUAUUCCCCCCUUUUAUUUGAUUUUUCAAGUACCAUGGGCAGGCGCCUCUGGCCUGGUUCUGUGGGACUUGUUGGGAAUUUAAUUUAUUUGCAUUUGUUUUGUUUUUUUUUACCAUCGUUUCUCCUCCGGUAUCGGUCCCAGUGGAUCGGGCAGGAGGCAGGGAUUGAAAUGAUCAAUAAACAGCAUUCUGAUUGCUUUA